UCCGUGUAAUUUAAAUUACAUUAAAGACGAAAAGUCAACAAUAUACUACAUUUUGUUUUCAACACUGCUCAAGACAUAUAAUUGCGAAACUUGGAUUGAAUAUUUUAUACAUAGAUAUUUAUUAUUUGACAUUAAUAAAAUUGUGUUACAUUUUCCAAAAAUUGUUCUCAUAACAAUUGCAGAUGUUUACUUACGAGGCACACGGAUACAUUUAAAAAUUCCGCUUGUAAGCAAGCGUGCAGAAGCGCCGAGUGAGAGAAGCGCGAAAACUCUUACAGUGGAAAUAUCUCGUUGGAAGGGAAACGAAAUGUCUGUAUAGCAGACGAUACGCUUAAUCGCAACGAAAAAAGGAUACUACAGCAUGUAGUUUAAUACCAAGAAUCAUCGAAUGAGUUUAAUGCUGGAGCCGGAGUGCAACAUGAAUCUAUACCGCACAAUAAUCUGACUGGACUCUGCUUUGAUAUAUAUUGUUGAUUUGCGCACAAAUGCCAGGAUGCUAGACAAUGCUGCUAAUAUGGAACUGAAUAAUGUGGGAAGCAACAAAAGUUCCGUACAUCUCGCAUUAUCGUUCAAAAAGUUGUGUCUGGCAACAGUUGGCUUACCACUUGUAUCGCUGUUGUUCUGCUUCACUACAGCAUAUAUAUUUCAACAGGAUGAUAUUCACGAAACUCACUGUAGGGUCUAUAAUAUUCUUCCAUCGAUCUCAGCCAUCACUGGGGUAUCUCCUCAGAGAUAUCUAUGGCGUAUUAGUAUAGCAUUACAUAUUGGCCCUAGAUUGGUGAUCGCCAACGUUUAUCAUUCAUAUUAUCACAAAAUACUUAAAAACAUUGAAGAUGUGCCUAUAAAAAUUACAGGGAGCAGGCUCCUAAACUUAUGUUAUUGGCUAAACAUUGCUGAGAUAGCAGCUUUGUGUGGUGUCACAUACAUUUCUAACAGAGAAAAUUAUGCGGUGCACGAAAAAAUUUUCAUAGUGUUCAUGAUUAGUUCACUCACAUAUAUGCUGACCGCCGUAAGAUUAGGUCGCCUAAUAACUCCAAAUGCACAAAGUCUUCAGUACAAACAGGCGCUCUUUAUGAUGAGUCUUGUUAGUACAAUUGGUCUUAUUAUAUUCUUCUUGAAACAUCGACUGCUGUGUCACGAUUUAGCAUUUAGUUGGUUCUCGCUAUGUGAAUACCUGAUAGCUUUUGCAAACAUGGGCUUUCACAUCAUGGUGGUUUUGGACUUUCCAAAAGAACAACUGGUCGUAGGUCACGAUUUACCUGCCGCAAAAAUAGAUUAACCUUUUAGGAUAAUUCGUCAUUCUCAUCGUUAUAUUAAAGUGCCUAUUGCCUCUAUGUGGAAGCGCUGUAAAUCAUGGUUUUUAAAAGGUAAAAGUUUGGUGGAACGCUGUAAAUCAUGGUUUUUAAAAGGUAAAAGUUUGGUGCAAUACAUAAUACUCUGUUUUACUAUCGUCUUAGUUUUGUGAUAUUUAUAAGAUUGUGUUCUAUUGUUGAGAUUAAUAUAAUUUGCUUCCUGUGUAUGUAAAAGAGUAACUCAGUUUAUUUUUUUAUUUUUUAUUUUUAAAUUCUCUUGUGAUAUAUAAUAAGUACGUCUGAGUACGUCUGAGUGUACAGGGAUAUGAUUUGAGAAAAAUGAAAUGGAAAAUCUAGCGCUUCCAAAGUACGGCACUGGUUACUUUCGAAGCGAUGAACUAUAUAUAACGGCCUUUUAAUAUCGUGCGAUUAGCGAUACUGAGUAUGUAGUAAACGAUAGUUAAAAAUAAGUAUCCUACAUACAAACAGCAUUUAAUGUUAUUAUAAAUCGGAUGUUAUUACCGCGUUAUAUGAGAUUACUUGUAAAGACUUUUAAGCCUUUUUUAUAGAGACUUUUGCAAAGUGAGAAUUCUAGUCGAACUUGUUAAUUCUAGUCGCAAUAUCUUUAAUCCGCUUUACAAUAUUCUUAUGUUAUAAAUUGAAGUUAGAUUGUAGGAUGCAUACAUAUGUCAAAUGAAUUUUGGGAUAUAAUCGUACAUUCAUCAAAUGUGAAACACUUGUAACUUUAAAUUAUUGCAAAAACAUUGUACAGUUAUGUCUUGUUGGCAAACAUGAAAAUAGAAACCGUUCGUAGGUUAUUCAUGCAUCUUAUACAAGAUUGGUUUAUCUUAUAUAGCUUCUAAGAUAAUAAAAUCAUUAAUAUUUAUGUACCAGUUAAUAUUUCGAGCCGUUCGGUUCGGUAUUAUUCUAUCGUAAGCGUGAAAUCGCUCCUAUGUUUGUAUGUAGUAUAUGAUAAAACCGUUUACACAUAAGCUAUUUGUGCUUCAGACGAGAAACAAACGAGAAUUUCACUUAUAAAAUUCGAUAAAAACCUUUUUUAACAUUUUUCUUACAAACUCACGUGAGAUAUUUAGAUAUUGAUUUUAUCUUGAAUGGACUGAUCUGAAUGCACUAUGUCUUUACAUAUCUUUGCGUAUAUUUAUUUAGCGAAUACUAUAUACUUCAAAUGUCAGUAUUUCGAUAAUUGCUAUAUGUAUUACAAAUUAGGUAUUAGUUAUAUAGUAUUCGCCAUUACACCACGCAAAAUAUGUAAAGGCAUAGUGCAUUCAGCAUAUUCAAGGUAAAAUUAGUACAUAAAUAUCUUAUGUGAGUUUGUAAGAAAAAUGUUUAAAAAAAUUUUUAUCAAAUUUUGUGGCUGAAAUUCUUUUUUUAUCUUUCGUUUGAAGCACAAAUAGCUUAUAUGUACACGGUUUUCAAAAAGCUUUAAUAGUAGAGCUAAGUAGUAACAAUAUUUUCAAUUCGGAAUGUUUUUGAAUUAAUGCUAUAAGAUGCUUUAUAAUUUUAUAGCUUUUAUCGGUGAUUAUUCUGAGAAUAAUAUAAUGAUGAAUAAUGGAUGUUAGAAUUGAUUUUUAACAAUGUUAGUCAUUUUUGGUAAAAUGUUUGACAAAAUUUUACAAAGCAUAUAUAUAAUUUUUACUCGAAAUGUUAUUAAAAAUUGUGCAAUAAAAUUUUUGCGAAGUGAGUUCCGGAAAUCCGGUGCAUGCUUUUAAGAAAGUUUCAUAUAUGUGGGAAUAGGCUCGCAAAAUUCACAUGGAAGGAUAGCAGUUUGUUCAGGGACUUUAUAAAAUUCUUCUUACAGAAUAUUCCUUGAUAUUACACCAAUAAAUAAUGUUUAUUACAUGUGUGUUUGUAAUAAGCAGAUGGUAUGUUAUCGCUAUAUUUUUUAGGAUUUUGUUGUAGAUGCCGAUAGUCUCUGUGUGAUUCUCUAAAUGAUAA